AUGCACGUUCGACAGAUACACAGUUGGCGAUUAGUGCGCGACGACCGUGGUAACACGGAUAGUGUCGAAGUUAUUGUAGCGCAUGCGCUUAAGAACUAUCGCAAUGCCGGAAAAGGUAUUGAAAGGCUGGUUCAGUCGGUGCACGAGAAGCUGCCCUCGUCGGGCAGGAUACGCGUGUUUACGUGCGAUGUGGACGACGUGAUUAUACGUGGAGAAAAGGGAUUCGACGCUGCUUAUCAAGUAUUCCUCGAUGUUAUGGCUGAAGCCUUGGUAGGACGACUCGUUUCGAUUUCUUUCCACUCUUACAAAAUCAACGUAACUCAUGAGACCAAACAGGUUAAAAUCGGGUCAACACGCCAGAUGCUCUUCAUAUGCCAUGACAUUGCAUCUUGGCUUGUAAUCCGAUUUCUUGCCGAGUACCUUCCCAAGCAUCUCGAAUAUUCACAACGAGUAGCUGGCGCUAUUCUUCUGGGCAUUGAUGCACCGGCAUGGGACGCAAACUUCAGGCAUAAAGACCAGCUUGAAGGAUGGAGAGAGCGUAUAGUUGAGCGGUUACGAAACAACUCGAAUAUCAUAGAGAGAAAGAAGUACAAGAGGGUACCUCCAGCUAACGAGCUAAGCGUCCGAUUGAGAUGGCUAGAAGCCUGCUUCAUUGAUUCGACUAGAAACUCGCCUGAGGUGAAACGCAUCAGAGAACGCAUCUUUGCGCUACCACUUACCAAAGAUGCUCGUGUCUCGGAAAUCCCUCCUAUGGAAAACCCUCGACGUAGCAGCUCCACGCUCUUCAACAUGAACCUGGGUAAAGAACCACCGCCACCGACUGAGUACGAUAUGAGACUGGACCAACUGAGCCAACCUCUGCUCGAUAUAAUCCGGUAUCUCGAGAACGACCAUCCCGACACAGAUAAGGUGCAUUUUAGUCAGGCGUGCCAGUAUUUUCGAAGCAUGCUUGCGAUUCCGGACAACGGAGACAAGACAGGGACAGACAAGGCAGAGAAGGAAGAGAAGGCUGAGAAAGCAGGGCCCGACACAAUACAGAGGAAGUUCCGAGGCCCAGAAAGUGUGCAGCCACCACCCACUUUGAGUCCUCUGCGGUUUGAGGAGAGCACCCCACACACUAUCCCGAUCCCUAUACUACGAUCAUCCCCGCCACCACCGAGUCCCCAGAGCGACUGGGAGGACAGCUUUCGGCGUGCCCAGGACUACUUCCUUCGCUGUGAGCUCCACGAUGCAGACAUACUCUAUGACGAGUGUGGAAAUGCAGUUAACCAGGAUCUCUUUGCCGGCACUGAUAUUCCACUGCGGAGUAUGUUCCAACGCGCUGUCAUAUUGAUUAUGAAGGGCAAGUACGAUCGCGCGAGAAACAGGCUGGAACGAAUAGAGGAGGAGUGUGACGAAUGGAUCAGAAUACUGGACAAGGAGUCUCAAGGCAUGAGAGUGACGUUUAACCACGCAGUAUCAGCCGAGCCCAUGGGACCGCCUCCCAAAAGAGUGUCGGAUCUUGGGGGCGUAUCGUCUACCAGAGUGCGAUGGACGAGGGAGAAGGACGAUUUGUUCCGCAACCUAAAGGUUCUUCGGCAGAGGGCCGGGUUUCAAAUUGCUGUCACCUUCACAAGGCAAGGCGAUCUUUCAAAGGCGUCAGACCUAGUGGUUGCGCUACACAAAUUGUAUGAAGGCCUUCGUGAACAGCUCUUUGCCGGGGAGAUCGAGUCCGUCCAGAGCCAGGCUGGGGUCGCGGGCCCUCAACUCAAGCUUGUCGUUGCUGUGAGCAGGCUUUUAGGCCUCAUCAAUGGAUAUCUCGGCCGGUACAACAAGGCGGGAGCCCUCCUGGACGAGGCAGAGAGGAUAUGUCACGCCGUACAGAACAACAAGGCCCCUGAGAAGAGCCGACCCGGAUUACCAGCGUCAACUCACGAUAUAGAAUCAUUGCCCCCGACAACGUACGGAUAUGGCCUGGAAGCCGCCGAGGAAGGCAUCGACACCGUGGACACAAUUCUGGCCGCAGUAAAGCUCAGCAAGGCCAAGGUACUGAUGAUGCGAGGUCUCUACAAGGAAGGCCUCGUAACCAUCGAGGAAGCCCUUCAGACAAUGGAAGAGGUCCUAGGCCUCUCGCACCUCCUAUCUCUCGAAGCCCGCUACAUCAAGUCAAUGCUCCUUGCGCUCAGCUGUCGGCUCAGACACGCUCACGCAUUCAGCCAAGAGACCAUCAAAAUCAUGAACAAGCACGUCUCCCGAGAACAUCCUCUGUCUCUGGAAAUGACGAACACGCUUGUUACCAUUUACAAGCUUCAGGCCCGGCCUCUCGAGGCACUGAGUAUCUGUCAAACCUUGUCUACAAUUGCCAAACGUACAUUAGGAGCGCGCAACCAGCAGACGCUGCGGUACAUGUUUCAAGAGGCCUCUCUCAAUCGAUGGAUAGGCAACUAUGAAGAUGCAAAGAGCCUGCUACAGGCCAUACGGAUGGAAGCCAAGGAAAAGUGGGAGCAGACGCAUCAGUUGGACCAACAUCCGUGGACGAUGCAGUGCGUUGCCGAGUUGGCAUACUCGUACGCUCUGACCGGUGACUACACAUCAGCAGAGGAGGCAAUCUCUCACGUCCUGCAAUCUCAAAGAGUGCUUUAUGGACCCACUGAGAUGAAUCAAUCGACGGACUCUAACAACGCCAAAGGGCUCAGGGCCGAGCAAGGCAAAGAACUGAAAACAAUUGUCUCCGAACUCGUUGCGGAAAUCCCAAGGUGGCGAUCAUAUUCCUCAGCGAUAUCAGAUCAGAAGUCGUCAGAACCGGCAACUCUGUCAAGCAUACUGGGCAGCGGUGGCCCCCAUCACGAUCUCUUGACAACUCUCGAGAUUUGGGCCAAGAUUGAGAUUUCCAGGCCCGACGCGGAUCGGUCAUUAGUCAUCGUGGUACAGCGUUUGGUUUAUGACUGCCGCAAAGCUUCAUGCGGACCGGACCACGCCACCACUCUCAAUGCUGCAGUCGACAUAGCCAACACCCUCCGCGAGGACUCGAUCCCUGAGCAUGUUGAGGCAGCUGCUAAGUACUACAGUGAAAUCACUAUAGAUAAGAACGAUUGUAGGGACUGGUUGGAUACUGAACAUCCUUUGAAGCUCGCCGCGAGACAGGGCGAGGCUCUGGUCAAGAUGCAUACUGGGUUGCAAGAAUUCGAAGGACUUGAAGAAAUUGCCAGUUAUUUUGGUUCCAUCGCUGAGCAGCAAACUCUCCGCCUAGGGCGACAACAUCCUGAGACUCUGCGGUCGCUAUUGACAACUUUCGUUGUCGUCUCUCUUCUCGACAACGAGAAAGGCAUCAAGAUUUCCAACGACAUUCGCGAGCGCCUGCGAGCCCAAAAUGUCCGGAAACAACGGCGUCAAGAGAGCGUCCUCCUCCGGGAAAGGCUGGGCUUUUUGCAUUACGUCAGGGCAAAUAUAGAACAAGCGCUCCAAAUUUUUUCAGAGCUAGUACAUGAGCUCAAGAUAGGCGAUCUACCAGCGGAUUCCGAUGGUCUAUACGACAGGAAUGACAUAGAGCGCAGAAUACGACAGCAAGAGAAGGUUGUACGGGAUGCAGCCAAGGAGACCUAUGAAGAGACAGUCGCCGAAGCACGGGCGGAGGAAGGUAAGAGGUUCCACCAUGAUGCGGAGCCCAAGUACUACUCGGCAUGGAAUCUCGCCAUUGUGUUAUACGGGAGAGAUUCCUCGGAGGCCGAGAUGAUACAGUACGAAUGGGCAAGAUCCCUCUGGAACUGUGGCGGCUCCUGUCGGAGGAGAAGUACACCCGGUAUCGUCGAUGAGCGUCCGCCGCAUGAGCCGGUGGAUCCGGCUCAGCACCAAAUGGCAGCCUUCAGCGUCGUCAAGUCACUUGCGCUGGGGAAAUCACACGACGAUGUCUUUGCUCUGACAUUGAGACAGACUUUAGAGCAAUGGUCGCAUGAACUUGGAAUGCUUGAAACUGUAGAGAAAGCAGACCAGGCGACGCCGAAGCAUCGCUCUUCCGAAUCAGAGGAGCGAUGA